GGUUAGUUGUGCUCGGCCUGAAGAGAAAGAAACAUGGCGACAGUGAGAGAGCGGGCAGCAGCGCUCAACCUGGCGGGGAAACUCUACAGUCCCAUGCAGCGGCCUGUCGGUCAUCGGAUGAUCGGUAAGCCGUUCCAGUCCAUGGUCAUUUGGAGCAACAUAAUAGCCCACCUUCAAGCAGAGGUGAAAGUGAAGCGACGACGUCACUACCUGAAGUCUCACAGUAAUUGCUUCCUGGGCUCUGAUGCUGUGAAUGUGAUCCAGGCUUACAUUAACCACAACAAGGUUUUGGGUGAUGUUGAAGUACCCAGGGCUAAAGUGGUGCGUGUGUGCCAAGUGCUCCUGGACUGUAAGGUGUUUGAAGCAGUGGCAUGUAAGUCGUUUGGGAAGGAGAGUAAGCUCUCCAUGUUUCAGGAUAGUGACAGCAGCCUGUACCGGUUCCUGAGCUCUCAAAACCCUCCACUGAAUAGUGCUGAAAACACCCUUCCUUCUCCGACUGAACAGAGUCAAACACACAGCCAGCUCUACAGGCCAGAUGACCCAAUGUUGUUCCACAGUACUCCAGUGAAGUCAGACCACAUUAUAGAUCUCCUCCUGGAGGAGCUUGACCUUAGCCCCAGCUUUCUGCAGACAGAGACAUUACCACAGUCAGUGGUCAAUCAGGUUUGGCAGGAGCAGACUGUCCUACGGCUUCUGCAGCUGAUUGAGCUCCCCCUGCUGGAUGGGGUGUUGGACUGCAAAGAGUGUCACAUCCCCCUGUCUGGUGCCAAUAAUAAUGAACCUGACCUACUCUACACCAGUAACUACCUGGACAGAGAAAUACUCAAGGCUUUUAAGGAAUCACAAGAUGAUGAAUGGCUCUCAGCAGCACUAGACCUGCUGGACUUCCUGCCGGACCAGUUGGUGGUUGAGGUGAGCAGGGAGCUGCCCAGCUUUUCACAGGAGGAUUAUGAGGAGGAUGAAGGUCAUGGCCACUCCAGGUCUACAGGCAUUGAGAAGUGCAAAGCUCUGCUGUUUGACAUUCUAGCCAAAUACUAUGGACAUGCUAGUACACAGCCUCUUCUCUCCAGUGGCUUAAACAAUGUCUACACAGAGAUUACUGACCUUCUAGUGAAUGGGAAGUUUGAUGUAGCUCUGGAGGUGUUGCAGCUGUGUUUGAAGUUGCUUCCUGUGGAAAGCAGAGAGGAGCUGUACAGGCUGCUGAUGUUCAUGUCGCUGGCAGCAGACCCAGCACAUGUCAGACUCCAUACAGAGACCGAAAAUCGGAUGAUUAUAAAGAAGACCUUCUCUAAAGCAAUCAUUCAAAGCAAAUGUUUGCCAAAGGGAAAAGUGGACUUGCUGCUGCUGUUCAUGCUAGACAACUAUCAGGACAUUUUCAAGAUUCCUGGUUCUCUGCACAAGCUGGUCAGUGACAAACUGGAAGACAUCCUGAAAAAGAGGGCUCCCAGCACAAAUUACGUGUUCUGCCAGCAGAUUUCGAGCAACUUGUAUAACGACACUGUAAAAGAACUGACUAAGAACGAGCUGUUUGUGUUGCUGAAGAAUAUUGAUGAAAACGAAAAGUAUUCCAUAAAGGAGAAGAAUCGGCUACUGGCACAGUUUUACAAAAGCCAUCCUGAGGUUUUUGCUCAGUAUUUUGGGUCCAGAUUAAGCACAAUCAACUUGUUUGAUCUGUAAUUUUGCACCACUGAAGAUAAUGUACUGUGUGUGAGGUUGGUAAACAUUUCGUGUGACAAAUAAAUAAAAUAAAUAUUUUAAACUA